AUGGUGUGGUCUGUGCCGUGCUGCGCUUUGACGAUUUUGAUCCACGUCUUUUGGCGAGAAGACAUGAUCAAUUUCUUCAAAGAUUCGUCUGGUUUGGACAGCAUUUGGUCGGGCUACACCUUCAUCCUCGGGUUUCUGAUUGUCUUUCGGAGCAACCAAGCGUACUCCCGCUUUUGGGAAAGCGUGUCGCUGACGCACAAGAUUCGGGGCGAGUGGACCAGCGCAUUUAGCAGCCUUCUGGGCUUUUGCACCAAGAGCGAAGACCGCGAAGCGGAUGUAAAUCAUUUUCGGGAAUACCUACUUCGGUUAAUGAGCUUGCUUCAUUGCUAUGCUCUUCACGAGGUUGCAGAGUUGUCCGAUGAGAACAUCGAAGUGGUCGACCUGGCAGGCAUGAGCUCCGAAAGUGUCGAGUACUUGCACGGUUGCCCAGACAGGUGUGAAACUGUUAUGCUCUGGAUUGAGCGCCUCAUUGUGGAGGGCGAGAAGCAGAAGCUCUUCGAUGUAGCACCGCCUGUGCUAUCCCGGGCAUUCCAGGAGUUGUCGAAUGGCAUGGUCAAUGUUGCGGAGCUGCGAAAGAUUGUGGAGGUCCCCUUUCCCUUUCCGUAUUCGCAGUACCUCUCCUUCAUGUUGGUGUUGCACUGGCUGGUGAGCCCCUUGGUCGCCGUCCAACUCAUUUCCGAAUGGUCAUGGGCUGGUGGGACUGUUUGGCUGAUCUCAACGUCUUACUGGACCUUGUUUUAUAUCGCACAGGAGAUUGACCAGCCCUUCGGCCAAGACUACAAUGAUCUUCCUGUGGUGGAGAUACAGAAGAAGUUCAACCAGAGCUUGAUGCAUCUUGCCUCGCCGGAAACCUACAAGCUGCCAGACUUCAUAGCAGACUUGGCCCAUCGACGUACGAUGUGCAUGAGAGUUUCACGGUCGACGCUAAGAACAACAGUAUCAACUCGUAAGUUUUCCUCACCAGCUCCGUCUACAUUGGAGGUCGUCGUUGAGAAUGAUGAGGUCUCCAGUACACAUUUGGCUGAAGUCUGCGACGAGCCCGCUGCAGACGUGGUUCUGGUCAGCCCACAGAGCAACAAGACUAUAUUGGGUCCCAGAGCUGUGGAUGCGGCUGCCCGCCGAGGUAUUAGGGUGGACGAGCCCGUGGAUCUCCAGACGCAUAAAGGCAUCCUACAAGAGCUCGCAUCACCAGAGUGGAAUGUCGAGGAUUUGGAUUCCUUUGUGGACUUAGCCGCUGCUCAUAGGUACUUGUCAUGCCGUCAGGGGGAGCAGGUGUCCUUGAGCUUCCAAGUACAUGCCCUCAACAGCCAUGCUUAUGAUCUAGCAGGUCGUCACAUCGUUGGCUGGACUGGCAAGGCUCUACAGAAAUUGGAAACUUGCACCGUCAUUGCUGCACUCGUUGGCUGCACACAUCAGUACUGCACUCUCACAAACAUCGGUGUCCAGCCGACUGCUGCUCAAUCGGCGAAGACCCGGUUAGCCGCAAGCAUCGGCGAUGAUGCUGCAUGCAGGCUGGCCACAGCCUUCAUUAGUGACUUCAUCUUCAUGGCGUCGAACAUUGAUUGGGCUUACCCAGUCCUGGCAACGACCGAAGAUGGUAUGGACCCUUCCAGUUUUCCGCCUGCCGCCUUUCCGUCGGAAGCGCAAAUAGCUGCCGUGCCACGCUGGCGGCAGCCUGACGGAGAUCUCGGGGCCAAGAUAGAGGGCAUCGUCAGACAAGGCUUGGAACAGGCUGAUGCAACCAUCUGCCUCGGGGCAGAUAGUCCUGGUCGACCACUUCAGAGACUUGAGGAAACCAGGAAAGCGUUGCUCGACGGCCAUGAUGCAGUGCUGGGACCUUCCGAAGAUGGAGGGUACGAUCUCUUGGCUUUGAAGAGCUGCCCACCUGGACUUCUAGCUGAUUUACCUUGGAGCCAGCCUACAACUUUUGAAGCGACAAAGAAGCGCUUGGAGGAGAACGGGCUGCGGGUGGCCGUGCCACGGUUGACAAAAUGGUGGGAUGUGGAUGAGGUGGAGGACCUGAAGAGGCUUCAAGAGCUCCUUGACAGCGAGGACGGCAGGCAGAGGGCCCCAGCAACCGCCAAAGUCAUGGCUGAAGUUGGCUGUUCCGGCUGA